UUGCUGUAUUUUACAGAAUGCAUAGAGCACGAGCUGGAGUAUUUUUUGAGCCGCGGCAGCAUUAUCGCGAGUUCAUUCAUGCAGACGGAGUUGCAAAUUCAUCAGCAACACUUCAGACGGAACACGUCGAGAAAUCGCGUGAAUUUCUCCCUAUCGUCGAAGUUUCUGCCCAUGUUGAAAUUGUCAAUACUACAUGUCGCACGAAAUUGACGCAAGUCUUUUCCAAUCUAACGCAGAGGGCAAUCGAGCAGGCGUCCUAUUGCUUUCCUCUCUACCAUUCCUCCAUAGUUACAGGUUAUCGGCAUUGGCAGAAUGGGGAGAGUUUUGAAGGCAAGAUAAAACCCAAAGAAACUGCUAGGCGAGAAUUCCAAGAAGCGGUCAAGAACGAACAGGCUACGAGCCUUCUGGAAGCUCAUACGUCCGAAAUAUUCGAGAUCGCAAUCGGGAACAUUGCCAUGGGCCAGGACAUCAGGAUCGAGAUCAUCUAUCUCACAGAGCUUAAAUUCGACAUCGGGGGAGAUAGCUUGGUGUUGACAAUACCGUCUUCCAUCGCUCCUCGUUACGGUGAUCCGCCGACCGGUUUCAGCUCCAGUACUCAAGCAUCGCUAGAGCGUGGCAUGGCAAUUCAAGUUGAUGUAUCGCUCCCAGUUCCCAUCAAAGGCUUACGAAGUCGUACACAUCCAAUCAGCGUCGAGCAAGGCUUUGCGCACUCGAGUUCACUGAGCGCUUCGUUAAGCGACUUAGCACGGUCACCAACCAAAGCCAAGUUUGAUAUCACAAAGGCUAGGGCGGAGCUCUCCAGCAAAGAGGCUACCUUGAACAGAGACUUUGUCCUGGUAAUAACAGCUGCACCCCCGGAUGGAUCUGAGAAUCUUGGACUCCUCGCACCACGCGCCAUAUUGGAAUCCUGUGAUCGCCAUCCCGACCUUUCGGUAUUGCAAGUAGCUUUUACUCCACGAGAUCUUUUUCCCCUCCGCAAGAAUCUUCCGACUGAGAACCUGGAGAUAGUGUUUCUCGUAGAUCGCUCCGGGUCCAUGGACUCAAAAAUGAACUCACUUCGCCGUGCACUCAACUUACUCGUCGGAAACCUACCCCGAGGCUCUCUACUCAAUAUUUUUGGAUUCGGAAGUAGUGUUGAAGCGCUCUGGGAACAGUCCAAAGAGCUAAAUCCGGCCACUCUAGAGGAAGCUGUUCAAUAUAUCUCCACGAUUCAGGCCAAUAUGGGAGGCACGAAAAUUCGAAAUGCUCUCAAUCAUGUAACUGAUAACACUCAAGCCAACCUCUCAACUCAAGUUAUCGUAUUGACAGAUGGGCAAGUCUGGGAAACGUAUAAUGUUGUGAAUUACGUCAACACAGUAAAAAGACAGCGCGGCGACGCUCUCCGUUACUUUGCACUUGGAAUUGGAGACGAAGUGUCACACGAGUUGAUCGAAGGAAUUGGAAAAUACGGCGGCGGGUACGCAGAAGUUGUCGCUGUUGAUUCACCCGAUCAGUGGGACGACCGCGUCCAACGAAUGCUGAACGGUAUCUUCACUUCGUCUGCAUGGGAAAUCAAGCUCAGUCUCAAAGACGAGCUUGGUACCAUGCAUGACAGCAACGGCUUUUUCACCCACAAAAAAAGUCCCCAUGAUGAAACAGGAAGCGUCAUGCAAGUUCCUCACCUGCUCCCCGCUCAACACGGCUUCUUACGCACGGUCCUGUAUUUCCUUAUCAAUCCGUCUGAAAAGCACUACACGUCUGUGCAUAUUCAAGGGUCGACUCCAGACGGCAGAUUAUUUGAAUCCGAAAUACCAAUCGUUCACGCAAAUGUCCCCGAGCCUCUUUGUCAUACGCUGGCCGCUAGAGCCCUUAUUAAUAAUUUGGAGAUGGGAAAUAGCUGGCUCCACGAAACAAAACGCAAGUCGACAAUGGAGACUCCUGAAUUCUUGGCGCAACAAGUCGAUAUCGAGGCAGAACAUGUCGCUAUGAAAUGGGGCUUAGCAAGCAAAUGGACCAGCUUCAUUGCGGUGGCGGAGCAAUCGCCAACAGUGUUGCCAGGCAGCAUUAACCGAUAUAAUCAUAUCACGCGCGAGGCUCAUGAACUCAUGAAACCUCGCCGUGACUAUGUGUCGUCUGCCAUUCAUAGAGUAACGCACCAAACGACAGGUAAUGGCAAUUUUCCCAGAUUGAGAACUCUCGGCUUCCGAAGCCAAGGCUACAAAGGCUCAGAUUCUGAACAAGAAGAUGGUUAUUACAAACCGAAGAUGCUUCCGAAAACAAACACGUUGGCUCCUCAGUCGCUGGGUGUCUAUUCCGAUAGAAGCCAAGCGGAAUAUUCUGCACAUUCUCUCAAAUCCCCUCAAACAGAAGAAGGUCAAUCCAGUAUAAGCAUGGCAGAUCCACGCAUGUUUCCUAGGGCGAGGAAGCCCAGCAACCGAUACAAGUCCCACAAGGGCUCAGAAUUUUCAGUAGAAGCUGAGAAUUAUGACGAACCGACGACGCCUGUCACUAGCCAGGAAGAAACCAUAGAAUUUUUCCAGUCGAUGCAUGACCGUCUCACUAGAAGCCCGAGUCACCGUGCAAGCUCAACAUCUUCUCUGACAUCCUCUCAAACAAAAGGUCAAUUCAGUCGCGAUUACGUAGAGACCAUCCUAGCGCCACCGGCACCAGUCCCACAAACAGUUGAAGCCCUCCGCCCGAUCCCACAAGACCUAUCUGAAAAUCGCGUCUUCCAAAAUAUACUUCAGUCAUUCGACGCAGAAGCUUUGGAAGCCCUGGAGCGCGCAUGCAUCGAGGUUUCAUGUCCAGAGACGGAGAGGACGAGGGUGUGCCAGACUAUACUAUGUACUCAAUACAUGAGGCGAAUUGUCUCAGAAGUGGGCAGCGAUCCCAUCCUAGAUGAGAAGCUGAAGCGAGCAGAGCAAUGGCUAGCAACCAUCCUUUCCGAAAACUCAGCCCGGGAAAUGUUGGAACAAGAGGCACAAAGACAUUGGAUUGGUGGGAUCAAGCCUCUCGGUGAAAAGAUACUAGAAUUGGUUGCAUUGACUGAUUGGUGGGACGACAUGACUGAGACGAUGUCAGGUAUAUCAUGGGAUGACAUUUUCUCAAAAGAACGAGCCACACCACAAACACCCCCAUCUCCAGCGUCCCCUCCACUAACUUCCGAUUCCUCCAGCAAAAAUACGCAACAGCUGACUCCGGAGACACCGCACACAGAAUCGACUGAGAGUGACUCGACAAUGCAAGACAGUGCGCAUUCGCAACUGCCACACCAUACUCAGAAUAGAACUGAAGAUCUGCAAUCUAUGCAAGACUAG